GGGCUGGAGUGUGAGCAGUGACAAAUGUUUUUUUUUCUUUUUCAAAAACUUUGAUACUCUCUCCUUGACAAAAGCAUGGAGCUUGGGCCGUUUUGAAAGCACUUUCCUCUAAACAGCUUUAAUAAUUUAAUAAUACCAGCAACAAGCCCGGGGAGUAAAAUAUACCAAAGAAAAACAAAUAAGGGCCCUAAAAAUUAUUCUUAUGAUUUUUCAGCAAUUUCAAAAACAAGAAAGAAAAGGGAUGAAUAUUAUGCAGUCUCAUUUCCCUCGACUUCAAAAUUGCGGCUUUGUGCCCUAAAUGAAAAAAAAAAAAAAAAUAAUAAUCAUACCCCUACACCCUAUCAGUAAUAAGGGCUUCUACUGUCAGCCCCCCCACAACACUUUUGUUUGUAAAUGUCCCGUCUCUUUUAUUACUUCCCCCCGACCCUCGAAUAAUUGAUCGAAAAAAGCUUCUAAACUCGCUGGAACGAAGUUUGACGGCUCACCCCUUUUCGUAACAACGUACCCCUCAUCGUCUUUCAAAAUUCACUCCUUGCUCCCACUACCAGCAUCUUCUCAUUAUCGUACCCUCGUUUUAAGGAAUACAUUACUCGCUUGUAUAUAGCACCACCGCCGCGUAAAUUCACAAAAUUUUCUACAAUUUUCUGCAAUAAUAAUUAUUAUAUUGUUUAAUAUACAUCUGAUUUGUUUUUUACAAACCGCGGAAUAUCACAGUUCGGAUACCUAUACACACACGCGCACCACACACUAAUAUAUAUACAUACAAACACGCAGGGUGGAUUAUCUAUCUCUUUCUUUCUAUCACGAUCUUCUCUGUCUUAAAAUAUCAUCUAUAUAAAUGUAUGUAUAGUUAUUUACAUGUAUAUAUCUAUACUCCUCUCUGCAUACCGCCAGGAAAGCUUUUCUUAAACCUUAUGUAGAUCCAAAAUAUAAUAUAUAUAUUUUAAUAUAUACACGCGCCAUACACUUUGGAGUAUUAUGCGUCUGAUUGGACGGAACUGUGUACAUUUGGUGAUUUUAUGGACUUUUCUUUUGCUACAUACCCUUGUCCAAGCAUUUCCGUCAUGUGACCCAAACCCUUGCCAGAAUGGUGCGAAAUGUCACUCUCCGCACAACCAUAAUGGAGAAAGUUAUUGCCAGUGUAGCACAGACUACCGGGGUGAGUACUGUCAGCAUUUGAACCCAUGUCGGCCCAGUGCUGAGCAUUGUAUGAACAAUGGGACAUGCGAGAUUUUCCAGAAUGUGCGUGAGGUGAAACCACGAUGUACCUGCCAACUCGGGUUCCAUGGCAGCAUGUGUGAGCAGCGAGAUAAAAGCAGUGUUUGUUACAACAACCCUUGUAGAAAUGGUGGAACUUGUGUCAAUGUCAACACACUCAAAGAAUAUAAAUGUAUCUGCCGACCAAGAUUCUUGGGUAACAACUGUGAAUAUCAAGACUAUUGCUCUUCACAGCCCUGCCACAAUAAUGCCACCUGUGUAUCUAAGAAGAAUACAUUCCAAUGUUAUUGUUCUUCCGGUUAUAUUGGUACAACCUGCUCCGAAGACAUCAAUGAAUGCAAUUCAAGGUUAUGUCAUAAUGGAGGGACCUGCCACAACUCCUUAGGAAGCUACUUCUGUCAAUGUCCCCAAAAAUACACAGGGAGACACUGUGAAACGCAGUAUAUUCCUUGUCAACCAAGUCCCUGUCUAAAUGGUGGUACUUGUAGCCGCACCAAUAAGUUCCAGUUCAUGUGUUUAUGUCCUAAAGGUUUCCGAGGCAGCAGAUGUGAAAUCAACAUUGAUGACUGUCAGAACAACAAGUGUGCCAAUGGCUCCACAUGUGUCGAUGGCACCAACAGCUACACUUGCCUCUGUCCACCAACAUUUAAAGGUAAAUACUGCAAAGAUGACAUAGACGAAUGUCUCACACAACCAGGUCUGUGCAAGAACGGCGCCACAUGCAACAACGAACACGGUAGUUUCUUGUGCAUUUGUGUCAACGGAUGGACUGGCAAGGUUUGCAGUGAAAACAUUGAUGACUGUGAGAGUCAGCCUUGUUACAAUGGUGGAACCUGUCACGAUCGGGUUGGCUACUAUCACUGUGAAUGCCCUCCUUCGAAAACUGGUCUCCGCUGUCACCUUGAGGAUGCUUGUGCCAGCAGCCCUUGCCAUGCUGAUGCCCUCUGUUCAACAUCUCCCAUAGAUGGCAACCCUCUCUGUUCCUGUCCCAAAGGAUGGCAGGGGAAAGACUGUUCUGAAGAUAUUGACGAAUGUGAAAAAAAUCAUGACUCUCCAUGUGAACAUGGCGGUACCUGUGUCAAUAUACCUGGACGCUUCCGCUGCGACUGCAUGCCAGGUUUAACUGGGGACCGAUGUGAACAGGACAUCAAUGAAUGUGAACCCCAUCCAUGUCAGAAUGAUGGAACCUGUCUCGAUGAUCGAGGAGGAUUUCGGUGUGCUUGUAUGCCAGGGUUUGAAGGGGUCACAUGUGGAGAAGACAUCAAUGAAUGUAAAUCAAAUCCAUGCCAGAAUGGUGCUCGUUGUGAAGAUGGAAAGAAUAACUUUCAAUGCCACUGUCUCUCUGGUUUCACUGGUAAGAGGUGUGAAGUAAAUAUUGAUGAAUGCAUCAGCAACCCUUGUACAAACGGCAGGUGUUAUGACGAAGCAAAUUCAUACCGGUGUGAAUGCAACAAAGGUUACACUGGUAUCAACUGUGAAAGGAAUGUCAAUGACUGUGAGGGUGUUGUCUGUAGGAACGGAACCUGCAGAGAUGAUAUUCAUAACUACACCUGUGUAUGCCAUGCUGGUUACACUGGCCGGCAUUGUGAAACAGAGAUCAAUGAAUGUGACAGCCAGCCUUGCAAACAUGGUGGAACAUGCCGCAAUGUUGGUAAUGGUUACGAGUGUCGCUGCCAGAGUGGUACUUCAGGCCGAUCCUGUGAGAAUAACUAUAAUGAUUGUGCCAGCAACCCAUGUCACAACAGAGCCACAUGUGUCGAUGGUGUCAACAAAUAUGAAUGCCGUUGUCUUGCUGGUUUCACAGGAAGGGAAUGUGAGAGCGAUAUUGAUGAAUGUGCAUCAAAUCCUUGCUUCAAUGGAGGUGAAUGCAGCGACAUGGAAAAUGAAUACCGUUGCAAAUGUCCACUGGGUUACUAUGGCCCCAGGUGCCAGUCUGACAUCAAUGAAUGUGCCAGCAACCCCUGUUUCAAUGGAGGGUCUUGUAUCAAUGGAGUGAGCAGAUACUAUUGUAAGUGUCGUCCUGGUUACACUGGUGAAAAUUGUCAGUCUGAUCUUCAAGAAUGUGCGUCAAACCCUUGUCAGCAUGGUGGCACCUGUAACGAUAAACGCAACUACUAUGACUGCACCUGUCGACCAGGUUAUACAGGCAAAAAUUGUGAUCUGGAUAUAAACGAAUGUAGCAGUAAUCCAUGUAUCCAUGGGAAAUGUUCCAAUGAAAUGGAUCACUACAAAUGCUAUUGUGACGAAUCGUACACUGGCAGAAACUGUGAGAUCAAAAUGGAGCCUUGCAAGUCAAAUCCUUGUGUUCAUGGCAGUUGUGAAGCAACUAACGGUUAUACAGACUACCAGUGUCUGUGUCCACCUGGAUAUUACGGUCGAAACUGUGAUCAGGACCGAAAUGAAUGCACCUCCUCUCAACCCUGCAAAAAUAGUGCAGUUUGCCAAAAUACUAAAGGCUCUUAUAUAUGUCAGUGCCGACCUGGCUAUAUUGGCAAGAACUGUGAGACUAAUUACGAUGAGUGCUUAUCAUCUCCCUGUCAAAAUGGUGGCACCUGCAUUGAUGGUGUGAAUAAGUUCAGCUGCCACUGCGCAAAAGGUUUUGGUGGUCGCCUCUGUGAAAAGGACAUUGAUGAGUGCAGCUCGAAUCCAUGUCUGAAUGGUUCUACUUGCAGAGAUUACGUCGAUUCUUACACCUGCUCUUGUCGACCAGGAUUCAGUGGUCGCCACUGCAACAAAAACAACUAUGACUGCACACAGAGCUCUUGUCUGAACGGUGGAACCUGCAUAGAUGGGGUCAACACAUAUAGAUGUAAGUGCCUUGCAAAUUACACAGGCUCCAACUGCCAAACACUGAUCAGAGCCUGUGACUCCAGCCCCUGUCAGAGUGGUGGAACCUGUCAGAAUCGAAACAACUCCUACAUAUGUAUAUGUCCAUAUGGCAUGAAGGGCCCACGUUGCUCCAAGUUUAUUGACUGGUGUAAGCAAGCGUCAUGUCACAAUGGUGCCACAUGUAUACAGAAGGCUAAUGAAUUCCGGUGCGAAUGUCAGGACGGCUGGACAGGCAAAACUUGUGAUGUCCCCCUCACAACAUGUGAAGUUGCUGCGAAAAGGAAAGGUGUUUCCACAGACAAGCUGUGUGCUAACAAAGGCCGCUGCAUCAACACAAACAAUGGUCACAUAUGCCAGUGCCCUCCAGGAUUUGAAGGAAGCUACUGUAUGACCGACAUUGAUGAAUGUGCAUCUGCUCCCUGCCAGAAUGGUGGAUCAUGCAUCAACAUGGUAAACCAGUACAACUGUAACUGUGCUCGCGGAUUCCAAGGAAAAGACUGUGAGCUGAAUGUCAACGACUGUGCAAAGAACCCAUGCCAGCAUGGUGGGACGUGUCAUGAUUUGGUUGAUGAUUUUAUCUGUUCAUGCCCUCCAGGUACCAAUGGUAGACUCUGUGAAAUUGACCUGAUUGACUGCUAUGAGAAAACAUGUCACAAUGGUGGGACAUGCCAGGAAAAGGUCAAUGGAUUCUCCUGCAUUUGUCCACGGGGUUUCGUUGGAAAGUUAUGUGAGGGUGAUGUCAAUGAAUGUCUUGAGAGACCUUGCGAUCCAGUCGGCACAAAGGACUGCAUCCAGUUGGUCAAUAAUUUUCAAUGUAAAUGCAAGGAAGGUUUCACAGGCACAACUUGUUCAACAAAUGUGCCUUGUAAGAACUGUGUAACCAAUCCCCAAUGUUAUCCUAACCAGUGCCUGAAUGGGGGCAUAUGUAUUAAAGGGAUCUGCAACUGUGAACAGGGUUAUUCUGGAACAUUCUGUGAAACCCCCAACUGUGACAAGAUGACCUGUCAAAAUGGAGGCACUUGCAUCCUGGACAGUCGUAAGUACUUGAAAUGCCUUUGUGUACCUGGUACUUCAGGCAAAUACUGCCAGUUCAACAACACCGGAAAGAGCUUCAAUGAUACCCUUGAUCAGCUGAAUAAACUGUGCAGAGACCGCAAGUGUGAGGAGAAAGCUAACAACAGGCGUUGUGAUGCUGAAUGCAAUUCCCAUGCUUGUAAGUAUGACAACAUGGAAUGUUCCAAAGGAACCUUCCCUUUCAAGAACUGUAAGAAGCAGUCGAACGGCCGGUUCUGUUGGGACGUUUUCCAAGACAACAAAUGUGACCCUGAAUGUAACAAUGAAGAUUGUCUGUGGGAUGGAUUUGACUGCAAAGACAAACAAGCUGCUUGCAACCCUGUCUAUAAAGCAUACUGCUCAGAAAACUAUGGAAAUGGCAUGUGCGAUAAAGGCUGUGAUAAUGAAGAAUGUCUUUGGGAUGGUCUGGACUGCGAUAAGAACAAAGAAAGUUUAGCUGUCGGAACGUUGGUACUCAUCGUUCUUGUGCCUCCAGAGACAUUUCGGAAGAGUGCCACCCAAUUCAUCUGGCAACUUGGUGCACUCUUACAAACUGUGGUCCGACUCAAGCGUGGCGAGGAUGGGAAUUAUAUGAUUUAUCCAUGGUACCAAGAUGAGGAGGCAGAUAACAAGGUGAACUUAGUGAAACGUUACAUUACUCAACUGCUACGCACAGAACAUCGGCUUUCACGUAGGGCUGCAGUUGUUAGAGGGACAAAAGUGUUUGUUGAAAUUGACAAUCGGAAAUGUCAGGGCAGCACGUGUUUCCAGAACACAAGCAGGGCAGCUGAAUUCAUAGCAGAAAAAAUGCGGCACGGUUGGAAGGCUGAUUUUGAUAUUCACAAGAUUGACACUGAAGAAAGCACUCAAGAACCCAACGCACCCUUCAAACUUGUCUACAUUGUGGUUUCUUGUGUCUGUGUGUUGGCCAUCAUCAUCCUGCUGGUGGUUGUCAUGUCUCGCAAGCGUACCCGAGGUGUCACCUGGUUCCCAGAAGGAUUCUUUGAAAGUAUACGAUCUGGCAAGGACACAUCGAAACACAUCCCACGCCGUAAGCCCGAUGGGGAAGAGAUGAAGAAUCUCCCAAGAACUUGUAAUUUACCUCAGUUUGAUCCAGCUCUUAUGAAACUUGAUGCCAACGACAACAGAUCAACUCCACAAAGUACUGACCAGUGGGACAUAGAUGAUAACGACCACCAUCAAUGUAAAAGAAUCAAGUUGGAUGAAAUUGGUGAAUCAAAUGAUGACAAUUUGGAAUUUGACCAGACAGACACACGGCAGUGGACUCAGCGGCAUUUUGAUGCUGCUAACUUGCCUAGUUCAAUUCUUGCCCUGACACCUCCACGGGGAGAUGAUCAGCAUGUCUCUAAUGAAGUUGAUGUCAGAGGACCUGAUGGCUUUACGCCACUCAUGUUGGCAUCGUUCCGAGGCCAAGGACUGGACACCGAUGGAGAUGAUGAAAUAUCUGGUGAAGGCGAGUCUGAAGAUAAAUCAGCUGGUAUCAUAACAAAUCUUCUCAUGCAAGGAGCUGCCAUUAAUGCCCGCACUGACCGUACAGGUGAAUCAUCUUUGCAUUUGGCUGCUCGUUAUGCCAGAGCUGAUGCAGCUAAAAUCUUGUUGGAAGCUGGAGCUGAUCCCAACGCCCAAGAUUGUACAGGAAGGACUCCGCUCCAUACUUCGGUAUCUGCUGAUGCACAGGGUGUCUUCCAGAUUUUAUUAAGAAACCGUUCUACAAAUUUGAAUGCCCGCAUGAACUGUGGUACAACCCCUAUGAUUCUGGCUACAAGACUGGCCAUUGAGAGAAUGGUGGAAGACCUCAUUAAUGCCGACGCCGAUAUAAAUGCUGCUGAUGAUUCAGGAAAAACUAGUCUCCAUUGGGCUGCUUCAGUAAACAACGUGGCUGCAGCAAAGGUUCUGCUCCAUCAUGGCGCUAACAGAGAUGCACAGGAUAACAAGGAUGAAACUCCACUGUUCCUCGCUGCCCGAGAAGGAGGCUACGAAACUGCCAAAGUACUCUUGGAAUACCAUGCCAACCGAGAUAUUACAGAUCACAUGGAUAGACUACCAAAGGACAUGGCUGCCGAGAAGUUGCACCACGACAUAGUUACUUUGCUCGAAGAGUACAUGUUGAAUACUUCGCCGACGAUGCAAGUAUCAAACAACAUUGCCCCUUCCCCACCAUCGAUGAACUUUGUGCAAUCAUCGAAACAGAAACAGCGUCCACGUAAAUCAACCAAGAACAAUCCUCAGUGCAAAGAUGUCCAGUCUACAAAGCCAAACAGUGUAGCAGCACAAAAACCUCGCUCCCGCAAGAAGAAAACGCCUGAAGCAACAACCAUGAACGGCGGCACAAACACCGAGAUGUUGGUUACGACUAAAUCGCCACCGAAUAUGCACUCUUCCCCUGGUGGGGUUGUUGAUGUAAUGUCUCAGUUUGACCAGGGUGCUUGUCAAGGUCAGUUGGUGAUGACCGCCAAUAUGGACACAGAGCGGGAUCCUGUUUAUCUAGAAAGAGCAGUUAUGCGUGCACAUUAUGCCAAACCUAACCACAGUUACGACAUGUCACCCAACUGGUUCAAAUCUGCGCAGGUGACUAAGCAGGGACCACCGCCACUGCCACCACAACAGCAGCAGCAGCAACAACAGCAACAACCUCCACCACCACCACAGCUACAACCACCACAGAAAGUGCCUCCACAACAAAUGCCCCCUCACCUGGUGCAGGUAGUCCCUCAGCAAACAGGCCCUGCACCAAUUGCAUGCAAUGUGCCAUCACCUGUAAAACCGAAGAACCUGCCAACAUCACCGACACACCUGCAGGCGAUGCAACAACAUGCACAAAUGAACAGGGCAGCACAGCACGAGAGUUGCACAUUUGGUGGUGGCGGAGGAAAUGGUGGAGACAGCAUUGGUUUGCUCUAUCACUCGGAUUCACCCCAUUGUCAAAAAGUGGCCGCCCCACAUCCAAUCGCCCCUGAACAGUACCCCACCCCUCCUUCACAGCACAGUCACGUCAGCAUGGAAGCCCCCAUGCAGCACACACAGUCAGUCCCACCAGACCACUACCUAACGCCGUCGCCUGAAUCUCCUGGUCAGUGGUCAAGUUCAUCUCCUCACUCACCCCUAUCAUCUAACUCUGACUGGUCAGACGCCAGUCCAAUUCAGACCAUCAGUCAUCAUACACACAACCGAAACACGAAACGCUUAACUGAUGCUAUUUACAUAUAAACAAUAUUAGUGGGGAGCAGUAACAAGCAGUUGCUACAAUUCUACUACUACUACUGCUAUUACUACUACUUCUACUAUAAGAGUGUGAGCAGGUGUAGUAAUAUUCUAAACUGUUGUUAUUAUUAUUACUACUACUACUAUUAUGACAACAAAACUACUACUACUAAAACAGAUGUUGACUUCACACUUGCCUUUAUGUAGAAGAAACAUUACCGUAACUGUAUGAUCAUCAUCAGCAGCAACAACUACAA